AUGGUUGUUGAGGAGUGUUUAGAGGAGAGAGAACCGGCUGAAUUGUUGAAGAAAUUCAACAAUGUUGAGAGGAGAGAGGGACGCCACGUGGCGCCCUCUGAAUGGCUCGGUCAGGCGCGUGUAAUACACGCGCCGACAGGGCGCGUGAGUGGCAGUCCAAACUAUUAUCAAGUCCCACAUCAAAUCUCCAACCAACGUCCUCAAAAUCCAAACUAUUAUCAAGUCCCACAUCAAAUCUCCAACCAACGUCCUCGAAAUCCAAACUAUUAUCCAGAUCCAAAUCAAUAUUCGUACCAACCUCCUCAAAACAUACAAAAUUUUAACCAGUCAUCAAUUGCUCCAAACUCUCAUCCAUCUUAUGGAUCUGUGAGAUAUUCAUCUCAAACACCCCAGUCUAGUGGUUAUAUGCCAGUGGUUCCUGAAAAUUUUCCGAGUGUUGAUGUGUCGGAAUUUCCGGAAUUUUCAACACAAGUCAAUCUUGGUGGCGGGUCAGCUGAUAAUGAAGUCAAUGAAGUCACUCCUAAGAGCAAAAAAACCGUUUCACCCGCAUGGAACACUGCACAAAAUCUAGUGCUAAUUAGUGGGUGGAUUAAUUGUGGAACAAGCAGUGUUGUCGGAAGAAACCAGAAAGGAGAAACAUUUUGGAGAGAUAUUGCUGAGUAUUGUAAUGAGCAUUGCUCAUUCGAUCCUCCGCGCGAUUGGGUUGCCUGCCGAAACCGUUGGAAUUAUAUGAACGCAAGACUGGGUAAAUGGAUUGGCGCUUAUGAUAGCGCUAAGCGUGAGCAACGAAGCGGUUGGUCGGAGGAUGAUGUUAUCGCAAAAGCGCAGGAAUUAUUCGCAAGUGGGAAGAUUGAUCAAUUUACUUUCAUGGAAGAAUGGCGCGCUCUCCGUGAUCAACCACGUUUUUGUAGUCAGGUAGGAGGAAAUAGUGGCUCGAGAAGUAGUGGAUCUAAGAGAUCACACGACAGUGAUGCAAGUGGCUCAAACUCUAUAGGAUCAAUUCCUCGUCCAAUGGGUAGGGAGGCAGCUAAAAAAAAGAGUAAAAAGAAAAUUAGAGAAGAUGCUGACGAGGUGGUGGACAAAGAGUGGGAUUCUUAUAUCCAUUUCAAGGAGAAAGAGCUUGAAAAAUUGGAAAAGAUAGCAUCGGUGCAAGCAGAGACUAACGAAUUGAUGAAAGAGAAGACUAAUGCGAUGAAAGAGAAGACUAAUGCUAAGAAAGUUAGUAUGUAUCUAAAGCUAACUUCGGAAGAGCAUCUCAGUGACCGUAAGAAAGAGUUGUUAGAGCAGUUGUCCAAAGAGCUAUUUGGAAAUUAAUUUCAAGCGAGUCUUUG